AUGGAGGCUACUAGUGGCGAUAAUGAAACGAUCAAUCUCACCAUAAUUACCUUUCAAUCAACUUUACCACAUCGAGGUGCACUUGCACUUACUAUUCUACUCAUUCUUAAUCUUUAUUUUGCCGGUAUGUCAUCUAUUACAGUAACAAGCCGAAUCGGCUUUGCAAUGGCUCGUGAUGGUAUAUUUCCAUUUUCGAAUUAUCUUCGUUGGAUAUUCGAACCAACUAAAACACCUCUAGCUAAUGUCGUCUUUGUAUGUAUCAUUGAUUCUCUCCUGCUACUACUUCAAUUGGUGUCGACUACAGCAUUUGUUGCCAUCAUUGCUAUCACUACCCUCGGCUUUCAAAUAUCAUAUUUUAUGCCUAUAUUUUUUCGUUGUACAAUUGCUCGAGAUACAUUUCAGUUGGGUGGUUUCAAUUUAGGACGAUUCAGUAUUCCAAUUGCAAUUAUCUCAUCUAUAUGGCUUUUUAUUACAUCAAUUUUUAUGUGUUUUCCUACUGAAUAUCCAGUAACAAAAGACAAUAUGAACUAUACCAUAGUAAUUAUUAGUGGUAUUGCAUUGAUUGCAGUAAUCUAUUGGCUUGUUUCUGCUCGCCAUCGGUUUGUCGGUCCAAAACGAAUUGAUAUGGACCCGACAUCGCUACCAGUUGAACUUUCCACAAAUGGGAAUGAAAAGACGACAGCAGCACCCGAAACACCCGCUAGUAUGGUUACUCGAUUGUGA